AAAAUUCCCCGGCGCGAGGCCUCAAAUCGCUCCCUGCCUCCGGUCGCCCUCCCCAGCCCCCUGCCUGCCUGCCUAAUCUCUCCGGCCAGCCCGACGCCGUUCCCCCGCUCGCGCUCGCCCGCCGCUCGGAGAGAGAAGACCGGAGACCAUGGCGGACCAGCUCACCGACGAUCAGAUCGCCGAGUUCAAGGAGGCCUUCAGCCUCUUCGACAAGGACGGCGACGGUUGCAUCACAACCAAGGAGCUGGGAACAGUCAUGCGCUCCCUGGGUCAGAACCCGACCGAGGCUGAGCUCCAGGACAUGAUCAAUGAGGUUGAUGCUGAUGGCAACGGCACCAUCGACUUCCCAGAGUUCCUCAACCUCAUGGCCCGCAAGAUGAAGGACACCGACUCCGAGGAGGAGCUCAAGGAGGCGUUCAGGGUGUUCGACAAGGACCAGAACGGCUUCAUCUCCGCCGCGGAGCUCCGCCAUGUGAUGACCAACCUCGGCGAGAAGCUGACCGACGAGGAGGUCGACGAGAUGAUCCGUGAGGCGGACGUCGAUGGCGACGGCCAGAUCAACUACGAGGAGUUCGUCAAGGUGAUGAUGGCCAAGUGAAGUUCGUGUUUGAUGGUAUACUACCCCCGCCGGAAGGAGGAAACCGUGCAUUGCGUAUUAGUAAGGCAUGCGGCUCUUGUUUCCUUCGUCUUCCCCUGAAGAAAACCGUACUAGUUGUAGCUGCUGAACAUUUGAGUCCCUCUGCUGCCACCCCUGCCUGUCCCAGUGUGUGUCGUCGAACGAACCUCUUGCUUCCUGUGUGAAUCUGUACGGCUUUGCUUGUUCUGGACCCUGAUUGCGGUUGAAUCCAGUUUGUAGUUCUAUUUGUUCAUC